AUCCCUGUUCCUCAAUUAUCGGUGCUUUUUGAGGAAUUGUCCGACUCGCUCAUAUCUUCCCAUCCUACCCUCAGUGAGGAUUCUCCUUUGACUAAAUCUCGCCUUCCUUCCGCCACUCCGCUUUCUCCCCGCAGCGAUGUCGGCUUCCAGUACACUGAAAAAAGCAUUCCCUCAGGUCGACGCUGAGGGCCAUAAUCUGCCCCCUUCACCUGCCCCUUCGAGUCCUCAUGGCAGCAGGCGCUACAACAUCGCAACUGAGCUUGUCUACACCGAGAGCAAUGACCAAUACAAUGCCAGCAGUGUCCCAAUUUACCAGAGCGCAACAUUCAAGCAGUCAUCCCACGAGGGAGGAGGCGAGUAUGACUAUACCCGGUCCGGCAACCCGACUCGAACGCAUCUCGAACGACACCUAGCCAAGAUAAUGUCAGCGCAGCGCGCUCUCGUGGUGUCUUCCGGAAUGGCGGCCCUGGAUGUGAUCACCCGUCUUCUCCGACCCGGCGACGAGGUGGUUACUGGUGAUGAUCUGUACGGUGGAACCAACCGUCUACUCAAAUACCUCUCAACCAACGGCGGCAUUAUCGUGCACCACGUCGACACUACCAACCCCGACAAAGUGAAGGAAGUCUUGACCGACAAGACAGCCAUGGUGCUCCUGGAAACCCCGACCAACCCGCUUAUCAAGAUUGUCGAUAUCCCUACGAUUGCCGCGGCGUCGCACGAAGCGAACCCUAACUGUCUAGUCAUCGUGGACAACACCAUGAUGUCUCCGCUCUUGCUCAGCCCGCUCGAACUCGGCGCGGACGUUGUCUACGAGAGCGGCACGAAAUACCUGUCCGGCCACCACGAUGUCAUGGCCGGAGUUAUUGCAGUCAACGACCCGGCCCUCGGCGAGAGGCUCUACUUUCCGAUCAACGCGUCCGGGUGCGGACUGUCGCCCUUCGACUCUUGGCUGCUCAUGCGCGGAGUCAAAACUCUCAAGGUCCGCAUGGAUCAGCAGCAGGCCAACGCACAGCGGAUCGCAGAAUUCCUGGAGUCGCACGGUUUCAAGGUUCGGUAUCCAGGUCUGCGCUCGCACCCCCAGUACGACCUGCACCACUCCAUGGCCCGAGGAGCAGGCGCCGUGCUUUCAUUUGAGACAGGCGAUGUCUCUGUCAGUGAGCGCAUUGUCGCGAACGCGAAGCUGUGGGCUAUCAGCGUUAGCUUUGGCUGUGUCAACAGCUUGAUCAGUCUUCCCUGCCGGAUGAGCCAUGCCAGUAUCGAUGCAAAGACGCGAAAGGAGCGUGCCAUGCCGGAGGAUCUGAUUAGAUUGUGUGUGGGCAUUGAAGACGUAGACGACCUUAUUGAUGACUUGAGGCGAGCAGUAAGUGUUUCUACGCGUAAUCGUGUUUUCUGGGUUAUGCUAAUAUUCUCUAGCUGGUACAAGCUGGCGCUGUCAACGUCACUCUGGACGGCAUUGAAGCGAACACGCCGCAGUCUGCGUAGUCAAGUAAUGAAGGAAUAUGGUUAUGGAUGA